UGGCUUCUGCAGCCUCAUUCCGCGGCACACAGCCACCCAGCACGUCGGGGCGUCGCGCGCUCGCCUCCGCACGACCGAACUCGCGCUAAAUUUAAUUUAAAUAUUUAUUCGUACGUUCGACUAAAAACAAAAGUGUCUGUCAACGCGUGUUCCUUUGUUCCGUAUUAAAUGAUUUAUUGAAUGACAUUUGUUCAGUUCUAUUGUUCAUCAUGGGAACUUUUGGAGCGUUAAGGAGAAGUCUAUUGCUUUUUGCCGUAGCGUUCACGAUACAAACAUGCGCCCAGAAAAGCAAAACAGACGAUAAUUUACAAUCGGUCCCUAGCGACCUGAGGCGAGUUGUGAGCGAAGCGUUAGCUUUGGAACGAAGAUUUGCGCUGGGCGCUAAUGAUGCACAAAACUGCACGUCGGACGACAACUCAAACACGCCUUGCCCGCCAAGCAAGUACCGGAGCGCGAGCGGCGAAUGCAACAAUGUACGCCACCGACCCUGGGGGAGACGGGGCGACAUCUUCCUUAGACUGAUGCCGCAGAAUUAUGCUGACGGGGUGUCACAACCUCAGACGGUGCCCCACCUCCCAGAGCCCGCCCUAGCAGUUCGCGCUGUGAACCAACUGACGCAGCCUGCCGACCAUGAUUACGUCACCAGUAUGCUGGCUGCGUGGGGACAGUUGCUCAUGGAUGAUCUUCUGGCGACGGCUAAUGGGAAUAAGAACUGCGGCAGCUCCCAUUGCGAAUACACACGUUCAGCUCCAGCGAGAAAUAUUGAUUCUUGUGGAUUUGAACAUCGUGAGCAGAUGAACUUGGCCACCUCCUUCCUAGAUGGAUCAGCUCUGUACGGAAGCUCGGAAAAGGAACUCCGCUCGCUUCGGCUCUACGACGCUGGGAAAGUCGAUGUAGGAUCCUGUAGAAAAUGCCACGACGGAACUCCAACCGCACCGCUGUAUAACGCUCUACUCUCUGAGCACAAUCGUAUUGCUGGCGAAUUGUUCUCCAUCAACCCAUUCUGGGAUGACACCACCCUGUUCUUGGAGACCAGAAGAGCUAUGGCAGCUAUUAUCCAGCACAUCACCUACAACGAGUUCUUGCCUGUUCUUCUUGGAGAGGUUGGCAUGGCUAAAGCGGAGUUGAAACUAACGUCUCUUGGUUUCUGGCGAGGCUACUCGAGCGCCAACCGCGCUGGUAUCUACACCGAGCUGGUAGCCGUCGCACCUAUCUUCACUGCCAUGAUGAACGAAAAAUUGAUCAACUCAACAAUCUCAGUAGAACACCUAGUACACACGGGUGCUCACAAAGUAUCCCGAUUUCCGCCUUCUGUCCAAUGGGAUCUGUACCGUUCCCGGGACCAUGGCGUGUCUCCGUACCUACGGGCCUUGAGACUCUGUGAACCUAUGACAAAUGUGAAGACUUUUGGAGACCUAGAAAAAAUGGGAUUCGAUAGAACACAACAGGAGAUGAUGGCUGAUAUGUACAGGAACGCUGAAGAUGUAGAGCUGAUGGUUGGUGGUGCCAUGGAAAAGGCAGCCACUGGCGCUGUCGUUGGACCAACACUCGCUUGCGUACUAGCUUUGCAGUUCGCUAACCUUAAGAAGAGCGACAGAUUCUGGUAUGAAAACGAUAUUCCUCCAUCGUCGUUCUCGCCGGAACAAUUGGGCGCCAUUAGGAAAGUGUCGCUCUCUGGACUGCUGUGCGCUGCCGAUGACUCACUUAUCAAAAUCCAACCUAAAGCUUUCGUUAAAGAAGAUCCUUAUUUGAACGCUGGCCAAGACUGUUCUCAACACAACCGACUCGAGUUAUCUGCAUGGAGAGACGAAUCUGGGGCGAAGGCAGCAGAGAGACUUUCCCAAGACAUGCUAACAGCUGCCAUAGAAAAGGCUAAACAAGAGAUGGCCGAUAGGAAGAAGCUGGAAUACAUGCUGUGGGAAACUCAUGGUGGAGCUGAUCCUAAAUCACCGGUUGGAACUGCAGCGUCAUUCUCGAAGGCAAACAAAUACGCGCUCAAACUUGCCAACACAUCUUUGUUCUUGGAAUUCGCUACCAACGAGUUGUUGAAUACCAUCAACAGCGGCCAUCGUCGCAAGCGUCAAAUCUUCGAUGACACCCUCGGCUUCAGUACCACGAAUGACUUCGCUGACUCCCUACAAUCUGUCGAUAUCAGUGGUUUCCUAGGCCAGGACCAGCUCGGAGGACCCACGAUAGAACCUCAGUGCGAUGACACCGGGUCGUGUGAUGCUGACAGUCCAUUCCGGACUUAUACUGGAUACUGUAACAAUUUAAGAAAUCCCAACCUGGGCAAAAGUUUGACUACAUUUGCCAGAUUGCUACCUCCUGUUUAUGAAGAUGGUGUAAGUCGUCCACGCAUUAAUUCGGUCACCGGAACGCCUCUCCCGUCCCCCCGUAUCAUCUCUACAGUGAUCCACCCCGAUAUAUCGAACCUGCACACGCGCUACACGCUGAUGGUGAUGCAGUUCGCUCAGUUCCUCGACCACGAGCUCACCAUGACGCCCAUCCAUAAAGGUUUCCACGAGUCCAUUCCUGACUGCCGUUCCUGUGACUCACCGAGGACCGUCCACCCAGAGUGCAACCCCUUCCCGGUGCCGCGAGGAGAUCACUACUACCCCGAAGUGAAUGUAACAUCCGGAGAGAGGCUCUGUUUCCCCUUCAUGAGAAGUUUGCCUGGACAGCAGCAAUUGGGUCCUCGCGAGCAAGUCAACCAAAACACACCGUACAUCGACGCGUCUGUAAUCUACGGCGAAAACCCGUGCAUCGUGCGCAAGCUUCGCGGUUUCAAUGGACGCCUUAACGCAACAGCCAACCCGCACAACGGAAAGGAACUGCUGCCUCGUUCCGACAGCCAUCCGGAGUGCAAGGCUCCUAGUGGAUUCUGUUUUAUUGCUGGUGACGGGCGAGCAUCAGAGCAGCCAGGCCUCACAGCCAUCCAUACAAUCUUCAUGCGAGAACACAACCGCGUCGUCGAAGGACUGCGUGGAGUAAAUCCUCACUGGGACGCAGACCAGCUGUUCGAGCACACUCGUCGUAUAGUAGCUGCACAGUUCACUCACGUCAUCUACAACGAGUUUUUGCCUCGUCUGCUCUCUUGGAACGCUGUCAACCUCUACGGAUUGAAGCUGUUACCUUCAGGCUACUACAAAGAGUACUCUCCUACCUGCAACCCUGCCGUGGUGACAGAGUUCGCGGCAGCGGCGUUCAGGAUCGGCCACUCGCUGCUGAGACCCCACCUGCCACGUCUUUCGCACAACUACCAACCCGUUGAACCGCCAAUUCUGCUCAGAGAUGGAUUUUUCAGACCCGACAUGUUUAUGACUCAUCCACCUCUAGUAGACGAACUCAUCCGUGGUCUUUCGUCAACCCCCAUGGAAACCCUAGACCAGUUUAUCACCGGAGAAGUGACUAACCAUCUGUUCGAAGACAGACGCAUUCCCUUCUCUGGCGUCGAUCUAAUCGCUCUGAAUAUCCAAAGAGCUAGAGACCAUGGUAUCCCGAGCUACAACAACUACAGGGCGCUUUGUAAUCUGAAGAGGGCUACUACCUUCGACGAUUUGGCCAGAGAGAUACCCGAUGAAGUUAUUGCUAGAUUCAAGCGCAUCUACGCCACUGUGGACGACAUUGACCUGUUCCCGGGAGGUAUGAGCGAGCGUCCACUGCAGGGAGGUCUCGUCGGACCCACCUUCGCCUGCAUCAUCGCAAUUCAGUUCAGGCAGUUGAGGAAAUGUGAUCGCUUCUGGUACGAAAAUGACAACCCAGCGGCACGUUUUACGGAACAACAGCUUGCCGAGAUUCGCAAAUCCACUCUCUCCAAGAUGUUGUGUGAGAACUUCGACAUCCCCGGCGACAUCCAAAGGGCAUCCUUUGAUUUACCCAGCAAUUUCUUAAAUCCUCGUGUACCGUGUGCGUCCCUUCCCAAACUGGACCUAUCAGCGUGGCGUGAGAGCUCGGCGCAAGGUUGUCUCAUCGCGGGCCGCUCCAUCGCCGUUGGAGAGUCCGCCUUCCCUUCGCCUUGCACGUCAUGCAUCUGUACAGUUGAGGGGGCGCAAUGUGCCUCCCUGCGCAUCACGGACUGCACGCAGCUGCUGCGCGAGUGGUCGCGCGAGGCGGUGGUGCGCGACGACGUGUGCGCGGCGCAGUGCGGGGCGGCCGCGCCCGCCGCGCCGCGCGCGCUGCCGCGCCCCGCGCACAACUUCAAGUUCCCAGACCUCACACCAUUCAUCGCCAAGUGAUUCAGCGGACACUUAUUUAUGAACGAUAUUUGACAGCAUUUUUACUUUUUUACAAUUUCAGAACGAUAGAAACAAAUGGGAAAAAACUUUUUCAUAUUUAUAUUGAAAAUGGUGGAUUAUAUAAUGGUUAAAAUGUUGCUUAAAUUCGUUCAUAGAUAAGGGCUAAAGGUCAAAGCUACAAGGACUGCCUGACUGCGUAACGUUUUAUUAAAGUUUGAUUUGCAAAUGUGCAAGUAAAAAUGUAAUUAUUCAAUGGGACUAUCCAGUUUAAUAAAAAUAAUAUAAGUGUAAUGUAAUCUUAGGCAACAAGAAAAAGAAGAGUCAAGUAGAACCUAAUUAUACAAGAAAAUAUCGAUAAUAACGCCUUGCGUCGAUAGGUUUUCCUUGAUUCUACUUUCUUUAAUUGGAAUUCAGCAUCUUCAAAAUAAACCUCUAGUGAAAAAACUGAUAUACCAAAUCUAGAAAUUAAUCACAACAAAUACUGUACUUCAAUACAUAAUCAUGCGUUAAUUAUUUAAUGUUACGUAGUACAUGAUCAGUCCAACUUAAGUCAGGUGGUUGAAAGGAGAAUUGAGAUUGAACCCCAAACCCUUCUGACUUUUAUAAUUAAGAAGCUUGAACCAACAUUUUUCAGCUAUUCGCGCCAUCGUGUACUAGACCAUAGAUUUAAUUAAAUCGUUAUAAACUAAAUAUGUUUAUGAACAAACUUGUAACCAUAUUUAUAGUCUAUGGAAAGGGCUUGCGCAAUAGCUUAAUUUAUUAUUUGAAUAUGAAACAUAAAAACUAGUCUAACGGGUGCGUGUUAAUAAAACAAUAAGUUAAAUAGUUUUAUCAUAACGCACGCUGAAGUAGGGCACGAAGACAAUAUUUUGAAACACAUAUUAGACCCCCGUAUUAAAAAAAAUACUGCCUCGAACAACUUAUAAUUAAAGAUCGUCAUAAAACAAUAGUUACCAUCGAAAUAGUCAAAUAAUGAAAUAACCUCGUACUAACUGUGACACUUCGUUAAAUAGAAAAUGAGAUCAAAAAUGUACCAUGUAUACUUUGAUGAAUGAACACAAUUCAAAUGUACAAAAUACUUAUUUCAAUAAGAAUUUUUACACAUAAAUAAUUUUAUAUUCUGUUAAUUAGCAAAUAUUUCUGUAGAGUUCUUAUUAGUUUAUAAGUGAUGAGUUGUAUAUACUUUACCAACAAAUCUUAUAAGGAAAGCAGUACAAACUCCGCUUAUAGUGGAGUAUACAAAAACUAGGACAAAUAUUUGAAUUUAUAUAACCGUUUAUUAGACUAUUACUAAAAUAUUACUACAAUUAUUUUAAUCUGUGGGCGAUUUAUUUUGUUUUGGCAAAGGUUGAUUUGUAAGCGUAACAGCCAUCCGUAGCUUUAAUUUGUCAAAACAAUAUUACGAUACUGUACAUGUCAAAUGUCAGUAUUGCCCGCUCAUACCAUUCCAGUGUUACCAACAUCAGAAAAAAUAUUUUAAUGUUAAGUUUUCUACGAACUACACUGCCUAGUACUCUAGGAAAUAGCUUUUGUAAAUUAUUUUGUAAAAUAUUGGCAUAAUUAUAAUUAGUCAUAGUUAUUUUUAUAAGUUUUGUAUUGUAAUGUGAAUCUCACUUGGUAACAAAAAAUCAAUACAUAUAUCGAUUUUUUUGUUUA